AUGGCACCAUCGCCUACAAUGCGGAGGCUUCUCAAAGAGACCGCCGAGCUUUCGUCGUCGUCCUCGAAUCCGAACCCUUCCUUCUUCGCGGCGCCUGUCUCGGACUCAGACUUGCACGAAUGGCACUUCACGCUCCUUGGCCCGCCGGCGCCCUCACCUUACGCUGGUGGUAUCUACCAUGGGCGCAUCACACUUCCCACAACAUAUCCGCUGAAACCGCCCAAUUUCCGCUUCCUUACACCCUCUGGUCGUUUCGAAGUCAAUCGCGAGAUCUGUCUUAGCAUAUCAGGGUUUCACGAGGAGACAUGGAUGCCUGCAUGGGGUGUGAGGACGGCGCUGACAGCCCUAAGAUCUUUCAUGGCCGAAAAAGGAUCGGCAGGCCAGGUGGGUGGGCUCGAGUCCAGUCCGGAGGUUAGGAUGAAGUUGGCCAAGGACAGCCGCGCGUGGAGGUGUGAUGCGUGCCAGAAGUCGAACGAGACGAUCAUGCGUGAAUGGUGGGAGAUUUGUUACAAGGCCGGCGUGAGAGUUCAGGAGGAGGAUCUAAAUCUCGAAUCACUACCCGAUGGGAUGGCCCUAGAGGCCAGGGAUCCCAAAGCACAGAGCAUACCGGAGCCAAGCGAGGGCGGUGCAGAAAGGCAUUUAAAUGAGAAGACUGCACAGCCGGGGACUUCCCAAGUACAGGUGCCGUCCGAUUCUUCGUCCACAACGCCCUUGAUGCCACCAAGGCCCUCUUCUUCAACGGAUGUGCUUCAUGUAGACGGAGCGUAUCAACCACACAGUCCAUGCUCAACCCUCCGUCCGGCAUCCCCGGCGUCUCUUCCCUUCGUCCCCACGCCAUCGGCCGAAGCAGUCCAGGCAUCCGCCGAAGCAGUCCUUACACCAUCUGACCUCGCUCUGCCACCACCCUCGGACGACUCACGGGCCCGACACCCCAUGGUGUCCAGCAUCCACGCACCCCCAGUAGCAGCGGCUAACGCGGCCGUCUUACGAACUGCACAACCGUUGGCCCUUCAGCAGAACGGAGAGCGACAGCGUGAGCAGACCAUCACAAUCGACCGCGCCAUAGCGGGUGUCUUUCUGGCCCUGUGUCUGAUGGUACUCAAGAAGAUCUUCUACCCUGCGGGCGGGGCUGGACAUGGAGGUGUUGACGAGUUCUAUCUUCAGCGGGAGUGA